AUGGCCAGACAGCCAGAACGCGAGGACAGCAAUCAAACUCAAACAGAACAUUGUCAAGAAACGACAAUGAGAGACGGUAAUGUAAGAGUGCAGGGGAUUGUUAACGAAACAGAUGGUACGCACACAUUGGAAGAUACCCGGGCAGCAACCGAUGAUGCACUCCCGACCAUCCACACGAGGACAUCCCCAGCGAUAUUCGUGAAGGCGGUGUCCGGUUUGUCUGAGGACCAGAAACGUGCAGUCCGUGAUAUGGGAUUUGGAUGCUUGCUCGAUUUGAAGAUAACAGCAACCCCGGCGAAAAUGGGAUAUUGGCUGGUUGAUAACUUCAACCAUAUGGACCGGAAACUGCAAUUGUAUGAUGGAGGAAAAAUUCAUGUGAAGGAAAAUGAUGUGUAUAGUGUGAUGGGGCUGCCCCGUGGAACUAUUGAGGUCGCGAAUCGAAAGAAAAAGACAGAGUCGGGAGUGUUGAAAGAAUGGGCCGAUAUUUAUAAUGUUAGUGUUGCCACCAAAAUAACGGCUACAAAGGUGUUGGAGAUGAUUCAGACUUGUGAUAGAAGCGACGACUGGUUCAAACGUCAUUUUGUGGUUCUCAUGAUUACGUGUUUGUUCGAGAGCUCUCAGAAUGGAGUUGCGAAUUUACGCACAGUUCACUUGCUUGACGAUUUGUCGAACGUGAACAAGAUGAAUUGGUGUGCGUACCUGAUUCGGUGUCUGGUGGGUGCUAAAAAAUCAUGGAAUGCUAGUCAGAAGCGCAAGAUUUUCACCGGACCGUUGCUAUUUUUGACUUUGUUUUAUGUCGAUAAGGUCGUGUUAUCGAUUAGAACCGUAGAGAGAUCACUACCGACUUUCAAAUCAUGGAAUAACGGCUUGCUGAAAGCGAGAGAGCGAGAUGAGAUUGCGGCUGCUGAUCGCGAUGGGGUGGUUAACGAACCGGUUGCUGAUACAGUUCCUGAUUGCGUGCAAGCUGAUCGCGAUGGGGUGGUUAACGAACCGGUUGCUGAUACAGUUCCUGAUUGCGUGCAAGGUGUCAGUGGUGAUGUGAUUGCUGAUAAUCCUAUUGUUGAUGCUGGUAGACCAAAAAGGAGUCCCAAGUUUUCCAGCUUAGUUAAAUCACCUUUCCAGCAAAGGUAUAUUGACGUGGUCAGGAAUCUCGACAGCCAGGAAAAGGCGGUCGUUAACUGGUCCCUGUCCCUUGAUUAUGCGGUGAAGAGGGAUGUGGUAGCCUGCUUGGCACCGAACACGCCAAUCCCCGAGGCACUUAUUGAUCUGUGGGCUCGUAUAAUGAACAGCAAUGAAAAUCUCGGGAGUCGUGGCUCAGUAGCAUGUUUCUUUGCAACCACUCGUCCGUGUAAUGAGUACGUGUUUCCCGUGCACUCUGGUGGUUUUAGUGGGCUAAUUUGCAUUUCCCCGGGCAACCAGAAGUUGUAUAUCUUGGAUAGCGCCGGCUUUUGUAAAGAUGCAUCCAUCAAGAAAUCCGUUUCGUCCCAUGCUAGUAUUUUGCGGCAAUCACUCGCACAAUACAUGGGACACCCGAGUAGAUGCCGGCGUCGUAACAAUGCGUCACAUGGAGACAUUCAAAGGACGUGCUACGCCACAUUGGAAUCCGGACGUGAAGAGAGCUGA